AUCACGUCGUUCUGAACAUCAGAGAGAGCAUCAAAGUGCGAGUUCAUCAUCUUUCACAUCUAAGUUGUUUAUACCUCUCGCUGGAGAAAGAGACUUUCGGGUCUCAGUUCCUGAAUCAGUUCUGGUUCAGAGAGCAUCACCGAUAAAGCGCAUCAGACAGCCCGACGCUGCCACAGAAGGCGUUAGCUUGUAACUUCAUUACUGUAGUGUCGGGUUGGGGAGCUAACAGCACUGCUACGUUAGCUAGCUAGCUCUAGCUGUUGACGGCAACAGUAGGAGACGGCAAGGCGUUCUGUAGCAUACAUACUUGCUCGCCUGCUACAAGAUUUGACCGCUUGGACGUUUUAAAGAAGAAAGUGAAAUUCAUUGUGUUCCAGUUCCUACAUUGGAGUUCUGGUGGAACGACUGUACUUCGCCUCUAUCUUCAUGAACUGUCAAUAGCACUAAAGGCUUGUUGGUUCAAAGCGAGUGCGACUGCAGUUCAGGGUACAUGCCUGUGUAGGGGCUGCUGGGCUGAGGGAGGCAGAGAGAGAGUAGCCUUCCCUGGGUGUGGGUGGACCUGCUGCCCCCCGCCCUGGCCAUGAUGGCCCCCCGGAGGAAGACCAGCAGGACCCAGUUGGCCGGGGGCGGCCAGGCAGACCCCCCCAGGCUGGAGGAGCCUAAAGACUACAUCAAUGAGUUGUCACACGAGGUCCUCUGCCACAUAUUCAGGUACCUGCCCAUGCAGGACAUAAUGUGCAUGGAGUGCCUGUCCAGGAAGUUGAGGGAGGCGGUGACUCUCUACCUCAGGGUGGUCAAGGUUGUGGACCUGUGUGCCAGCCGCUGGUGGGAGUACAUGCCCUCAGGUUUCACAGACUCCAGCUUCCUGUUGCUGCUGAAGAAGAUGCCUGACCUGGAGCAGCUUUAUGGGCUGCAUCCUCGUUACCUGGAGCGCCGCAGGGUCAGAGGUUACGAGGCAUUCAGUAUUCCUGGCGUCCUUGAGGCCCUUCAGGCCUGUCCUAACCUUCUGGGUGUGGAGACAUCUCACCUAGAGUUGGUGGAAGCCAUUUGGAACUACAUGCCCCAGGUGCACAUCCUGGGAAAGUUCCGAAACCGCAACGGAGCCUUCCCCAUCCCCCCCGAGAACAAGCUCACCAUCCCCAUCGCAGCCAAGAUCCAAACCCUGCACCUUGUCGGGGUAAACGUUCCAGAAAUCCCCUGUGUCUCCAUGCUCAGACACCUUUACCUGAAGUGGGUGCGUCUUACGAAACCCCAGCCUUUUAAGGACUUCCUGUGCGUGAGCCUCAGGACAUUUGUGAUGAGGAACUGCGCCGGACCAACUAACUCCCUGAAGUACGUUCCCCUGGUAACGGGACUGGCCUCGGCCCGUAACCUGGAGCAGCUGGAGCUGGUGAGAGUCCCCUUCCUGGGGGGGCUGAUACAGCAUGUGGUCGAGGACUCCUGGAGGUCAGGAGGAUUUCGUAAUUUGCACACUAUUGUAUUUGGUGCUUGUAAGAACGCACUAGAAGUAGACCUGGGCUACCUCAUCAUCACUGCUGCACGCAGGCUACAUGAAGUGCGUAUCCAGCCUUCCCUAACCAAAGAUGGCGUCUUCUCUGCCCUGAAGAUGGCCGAGCUGGAGUUUCCCCAGUUCGAGACGCUGCACCUUGGCUACGUUGACGAGUUCCUGCUGCAGUGUAAGAUGAGUCACUCUGAGCUGGUGAAGUACGGCCUGGCUGACGUGAUUGAGAACCCGGGCAUCAUCACAGACAUCGGCAUGAAGGCUGUCAACGAGGUUUUCUCUUCCAUCAAAUAUCUGGUCAUCUACAACUGCCCCCACCUGCACAACCCCCACACAUGGAUCACAGACCACUCUCGGUGGAGCAGGCUCGUGGACCUGACUCUGGUACGUUGCCAUGCCAUCAAGCUGGAGUCGUUCAGCCAGUUCAUCGAGCUGCUGCCCAGCCUGGAGUUCAUCUCCCUGGACCAGAUGUUCAGAGAACCACCUAAGGGAUGUGCCCGUGUGGGUCUGAGCGCUGGGACAGGCAUCGGGGUCUCCUCUGCGCUGGUCAGCAACCAGAACUCCAACAAUGACAACGACAAUAACAACAACAACAACCACCACCAGAACAACAACAACAACGAGGCUGAGGCCCCUCCUCCCCCCCGACAGCAGCACCAUGCGGAAGAGCUGGCCGAGGUGAACGGGCUGGAUGGAAUGGAGGGGCUGGGCCAGGAGGACCUGCAGCCCGAGGCCAGGCCUCUCCGAGGUGCCGGGGCCGGGGAAGAGGCUGUGGAGAUGGAGGCGAGGGCAGUGCGAGCGGAGGAGGUGGUGGUGGUGAGGGUGGAGGCCCCUGGGCCCAGCCAGCCCCCUGACCCUCAGCCGGACGAGGAGCAAGCAGGUCCUAGUGGGGUCCAGAGUGUUCUGAAGAAGCCCCCUGUGGUGAUGUCAGACUCUGAUAGCGAGGAGGAGGAGCCGGCUAAUAGGCCACAGUCUUCUGCCUGUCCCACACCCAUUCCCUGUCCCCAGCACCCCUACAGUGGGGGAGGGGCUACAGAGGCAGCCACGCCCACACCAACGGCCACACCCACGUGCAGGACAAGCACUGCUAUUGGCCAGGACCCCCCAGCCCCCCCCAGCAGUGAGUGUUGCAGAGCAGAUGAAGUGACAGGUAGUGUCUACAGCAUGGCGUGUGUGUGCGGUAAAGGGAAGACCCCCCUGCGCAGGCGAGGUCUUGCCCUCCAGGAGCCCAGCUGUGAGAAGGGCUGUCAGGUGACCAGUGACCAGAUCAAGGCUGACAUGAAAGCAGCCACUGAGCUGGGGGACAGGGGGGCAACGGGGACCUCCGCCGGGGGGGCCACCUGGAGCACCACUGGGGGGUCCGGAGCUGCCUCUGGGGGGUCCGGAGCCACUGGGUCUGGAGGUGGUGGCUCUGGAGCAGGAGAGGCUGGGGGGGCAGGCUCCACCACAGGAGGAUGUGUGUGUUCUAUACGCUGGAGAGAGGACUCAGCCAAUCAGGAGGACAGAGGAGGGGCGGGGCCAGAGGGGCCUAGGAGAGGAGGGGCAGUGGAGGAGGAGAGGAGCGUGAGGGCGGGUUGCUACUGCAGCAGGGUUCGCUACAGCCCCGCCCCAGGGGCAAGGACUAGAGGCCAGCCUUGCCCCCCAGACCCUUCAGCCUCUCCUGGGGCAGCAGAGGGGGAAAGGGUCCCGACCAGGAACCCAGGGUGGCUGGAUCCAGCAGAGGUGGCAGCAGGGGGCAGUCCAGCCAGAGGAGGGAGCGUGGCAGGGGGGCUGAGAGAGGGCACAGACGCUCCAGGCUCCAGGGGGGCCAGGGGAGAAGAGUCUGCCCAGGAUAGGGGCCCCCGAGACGGCUUCCCCAGGAGGCCACUCACCCGAGCUCGGAGCCGACUGUCCUCAGUCCCCCUGGAGGCAGAGGCUGAUCUGUCCAGAGCCAAGCCCAGGGUCACGGUGAAGAGGAAACGGACAGCCGACAAAUCCACCAGCACCUCAGACCCUGUCACUGAGGACGACCACGUACAGGUGCUGAGUCUAAAGUCUAAGAACUUGGUUGGCAUCACCCUCACCAACUGUGGCAUCACGGACCUGGUGCUGAAGGACUGCCCCAAGAUGAUGUUUGUCCAUGCUACACGCUGCAGGGUCCUAAAGCACCUGCGUGUGGACAGCGCACCCAUCGUCAACCGCCUGGACUUUGCCCAGUGUAAGAAGCUGGACAUGGAGCAGGUCCUGGAUCAGAUCCUGCGCAUGCCUCCGGAGAGGAACCGCAUCAUCUACAUGCGCCCCAUGCAGCAGAUCGACUCCCUAGCCCUGGAGAGACAGCUGUUCCGGGGGCCCUACCCCUACCACAUCGCCCUGGUCCACGAGUUCAGCAACCCCCCCAACGUACGCAACAAGGUCCGCAUACGAAGCUGGAUGGACACCAUUGCCAACAUCAGCCAGGAGCUGAUCAAGUAUGAGUUGUUUCCCGAGGCGACGAGGACAGAGGAGGAUGUGAGGAAGCAUCCCAGCUAUCCGUGGGGCCGGGACAUCUACACUCUGGAGGGCGUGGUAGACGGAGCUCCCUACUCCAUGAUUACAGACUUCCCCUGGCUGAGGACCCUGAGGACAGCAGACCCCAAUAGCUACGCCCGCUAUGACUUUGAGGAUGAUGAGAGCACCACCAUCUACGCCCCCCGCAGGAAGGGCCAGCUGUCAGCCGACAUCUGCAUGGAGACCAUCGGGGAGGAGAUCUCGGAGCGGCGGCAGGCGCGGCGCGGGGUCUUCCAGAGGGUGGUGGUGGUCUUCAUCCACUACUGCGAUGUCAGGGGGGAGCCCGUGGACGACGACUACAUCUAGACCUGUCCCACCCCCUCUACCUCCCCUCCACCUCUGACUGUUACUCCACCGAUAGACUGCGCUGUGAGGCGGGGGGGUGGGUGGGGGUCUCUAGUUGCCUUGUUUUUGUAUUAGCUGACCUGACUUUGAAGGAGAGGUGAGUGGGGAGAGAGAUGGUUGACUGGUGGUGUGUGUGUCUGUGUGCGUCUGUGUGACUGAGUGCUGGGUUCUGUCAAACAGCUGCUCCCCCUCUCUGUCCUCCACCACUACUGCUGCUCGGUGUGUGUGUGCGUGCGUGAGAGAGACAGAGAGAGAGGGGGGUAGACCGAGAGAGAGAGAGGGGGGGGGGGGGGGGGGGGUGAGUCCACUGCCAGUGGCCUACCAAUAACUGUCCCCCAGACCCAGGUCGCUGACAAACAAACAAACAAGACGCUUGUUGAUUACCUCAGAGCUGGCACUUCUGGUACAGAUUGGACUGGGUCAACUGAAAGCAAGUGCGCCAGGAGUGUGUGACAGUGUUUGUAAGAGUAUUUCACCCCAGGUUUUCCGACCCCCCCCCCCCCCCCCCCCCCUCCCCUCCACCAUGAUAGAAGUGUCCUUUGUCUGCUCUGAGACACAAAACAAUUUGGUCUUAGUUCUCCACAUCUGAUUUGUUGUGUUAUUUAUUUUCUUUUAAGUUUUCCCGUUGUUGUGUAUGCGCGUGUGCAUGAGUGGUAUAUUGUUUCAGAGCUUGUGUGGUGAUUGUGUUGGUAUAGUAUGUGUGUCACAAUUAUGCUAACCCAGGAAGAAGAAACCAAUGAAUAGAAUAAAGAAUGAGCCUGAUAGACGAUGGCUGCCCAGCAGAGCAGAGAAGCCCUUCUGGAUCUAUGGGGUGGACCAGUAGCUUCACAGUCUGACUGAAGCAGAGGACUAAUCCGACCCGGAUCCUUGUACCGUAAGAGUUUGCUGAUGUUCAGACAAGCCAAUUAGCUCUAUUGUGCCAGGCAAGAUCAAUUGAGCACAGAUACGUAUUUCAAGUCAUUUCAUGUAGUGUUUUGACCCAGGUUUGGUGGAGUGGCUUUGUGGAGGAGGCCAAGUGGGGAUGUUAAAGAGUUCUCCCUUCUGUAAGAGCCUGUUCAAAUCUCUACACCACGUCUCUAAUCGUGUCCUGACUGGGCGUCCGAUCUUGGACGACUCUUUCCUGCUUGACUAGGAUUUAGUUCCAACAGACAAGGAGACGGUGAACCUGUAAAGAGAACAUGCAGGGAUCACACAUGCGGUCCUUAGGAAACUGCUGCUACAGUGGGAGUGGACCUGGAGCUAGGAUGCUGUAGAAAUGGUGGCCAUGUCUGCCGUUUGUGACUUCUGACGAUUCCUUCUGUAUCCUGUCCUUAAUGAGAGACAGGAAGUAAGAGGUGGCGUAGGCAUCAGGUCUCUGGUGGGGUUGCUGAAUCAGUAUAUUGUGUCAUAUUGUGACUGUCAUCAUGGAGGCUUGUAUGAAGCCCAAUGGAGUUUCGGACCAACAGAGGUAUGAUGAUGAUGAUGCUAAUUAAGAUGGGGGAUAAUGACGUUGAAGCUGGCCCCAUGUUUGCUGCUGCUGUGUGUGUGCGUAAACGCGCGUGUGUGUGUGUGUGUGUGGUAUAGGUGCCUCCCCCCUCCCAGGCCGUGCUCAUAGCUCUGGCCAUGUCUCCUCUCUGUACAGACCCCGUCCAGCUGGUCAGGCAGGACACGGCCCUGUGUACAGACAUCCCUGUGUCUCGUUGAUCUUCCAAGAUUUGUUUUAUAUGUUUAUAUAAAAAAAAAAAAACUAUUUCACAUAAUAAAAAGGGAAAAC